AAAAUUAUCACUUUACAAACACUCAUAUAUAGUACUUUUAGAAUUACUCAUAUAUUCUUUUGUACUUAGAGAUAUGAAGAUAAAAAUGUAGGUUAGUGGGAUAUGUCCUUUUCGAUACAAUUUUACUGCAUAAUUUGUCCUUGAUUUGAUAUUUGAAAUCAUUGUUAAUGUGAUAAAAAUGUUAUCAAGAGUGAACAAAAUAACAGCUUCAUGCUCAAAUAUAUUCUCAUCAAUGUAUUUUGUAUAAAAAUUUUUGUAUGUCUGUCGAAAUGUAGUAACAGAAUGGGAUGUCUUAUUAGUUGCCCAUCUUAUACACAUUUGGUUAAAGAUUAGGAACUGUCAUUUUGUUGAUAAUUGGAUAUUUCAGGUUAUAAAGCUUAAUAAUUUAAUAGAAAGUGGAUAGUACUUCGGUGGUACGUGCUCGAAUGCUACUUUAAGUUAAUUUGAUUCUCAGAAGAAAGUUUGUUGUGUUACCAUCCCAUCUUCUUGUGAAGCUAGCAAAGGCGAAUACGUAUUCAGUUUCAUGUGAACCUAAGCGUCAGGCUCUAGUGAAAUAGUAAAAUCUAAGGAUUUCAGAAGCUUUAAGAUCUUCUAAUAUUUACGGUCGGGAAAUGCAACAAAGUAGGCGUAAACAGUAUUACCGGUGAGACGAUGGAGCUGAAGGUGUGGGUGGAAGGUAUUCAACGUAUUGUUUGUGGCGUUACCGAAUCCACUACUUGUCAGGAUGUUGUCUAUGCGUUGGCACAUGCAACAGCUCAGACAGGUAGAUUCACUUUGGUUGAACGAUGGCGUACAAAUGAAAGGCUACUUGCACCAUAUGAAAAUCCUCUUAAGAUUUUGAUGAAAUGGGGAGAAUAUUCCUCAGAAGUGCAGUUGAUCUUAAGACGGUCUACGCCAGAAGGAAAUAAGAUUCAAAGUGGACGUAUGAUGCAUGGGAUAAGAACAAAUGGUUUACCUACUUCUUUGGCAGAGCAUUCGACAAGUAGCACAGCUCAAGAUGAUCUCAAGGGCAGUCCCACUAUUCCAAUGUCUGAGUACGAUGAAUUACAAGGAGGAAUUGAAAGAAAUCGGGAUAUCCGAAAAUCUCUCACAUUUAGUGGCCUUCAUGGAACAGUUACUGAUAAUAAUAGUGAGGUUCAAAUGGAAAACGUUGCCAUAGUUCAACCAACACCACAAUUAAAAUCUAAGGAGUGCAACAUUCGAAAGGCUACUCACAAACCUACACGGUCUCCUACAAGAACAGUUAGUGGCGAUACAAGUAUAUAUUUGCCACAAAAGAAAGUACGAGAAGUGCCACCCUACAGAGAUCCACCUGGUCCAGUUUCCCCACCAUUACGAACUUUACCACCAUACAGAGAUCCUCCACCUCCAAAUAUUAAUAGUCCUGGAAGAUCACAAUUUUUACCAAAUACGAAUAGUGGAAGUCCACAUUUUCAAAAAGAAGAACAGUUUUCUCCAAGUAAUCCCGCUAAGUCGAAAAGAAAUCUCAUUCAGGAGUUUCAAGAAUCCAAGUCUCAGCCACAACCUGGCAAUCAGUUAACAGGGCAGUCUCAAAAUAUGGUGACUGUCGCAUAUACUCAACGAUACGUUGAGCUUAUCAGAUUGGUUAAUAGGCAACGGGAUACCAUAAACGCCCAGCAGGCUGAUCUUACAAAGUUUGAUGCUGAAAUUUUGUACUGGGAAACUAAGAAUAGAGAGCAAAUGCAUCAGAUGGACUUUAUUUCUGAAGAAGUGAAUCGCAUUGAAUCCACCGGUCGAAUUAUCGAGGAACAGUUAAAAGAAUUGACGCACGUAGAAGAAGAAAGUGAAAUUGUACGGCAACAGGAAAAAACUUUGAAAUCAGAGAUAACAUUGCUAAGAUCAAAGUUAGCAAAUUGCGAGACAGAGUUGUUGCAAUGCAAGAAUAAAAUCAGGCUAGUAAUGGAAGAGCUUGCAGUAGAGCAGCAUAGUAUAAGUCGCGAAUCAGAUGAGCGUCAAAUCAUGGAGAGAAAAAUAAUAAGCGAAGUAGAGCAUCUUCAGAAUGAAGUAGAACAAGUAAAACGUUCUGCGGAAUUAGCCACUCAAUGCGCAGAAUCUUUGAAGCUCGAAGUAGUAAGCUUAGAGUCAGCAAUUGUUGAGAAAAAGUUACAAGUAGAACGUUUGGUUGCUGACAUGAAGGAAGCCAACUUGCAGAGUUUGACGGUAGCUUGUCAGGAUGAGCAAGUAAAGCAUCUGCUAGAAGGUGCACACAAACCUGGUAGUACGCGUAAAAUGAUAGGAUCUCCAAGACAAUUAGAAACUGCAGUGCCUACCAGUAAAAACCCACACGGUGUGUGGGUGUAAAUAAUUGCAACGUCUAAUAGUCUCAAAAUCUCCUUUGGUUCAAUUACAAUCCGCCGAUCAUGGACCAAAGUUAAAUUACGUUCAGGGAGUAGCAAAAAACUGCCACAUAUCUAUUCUCUAGACUUACUCUCCUGUAUUAUUUCAGUAUAUCGAUAUAACAGUAGUGUAAGAAACAUUCGUUCAUUUAUUUCGCGUCAUAAAAAAAAGAAUUCUAGUGUCAUGACUGAAGACUUACUCCGAAGAAGUUAUUUCUCAUUCUUAUUCAUCUCUAUCAGUAUCAGUAAGACAACAUAAGUGAUAAAAUUAUAAGUCAAAUAUCUUCAUGUGCACAUUUUACGGUGAUAAAUAUCUUCAGUUUACUGCUCAAAUUUCAGUCGUUUCAAUGUCACAACAAUAUUAUAUUAAUAUUAAAGUUUAAUCAUAAUAGUAUAUAUCUAUACUGCAUGUAAAACAAAUACCAUAGUCCAAUGGCAAUUAAUUGUCUGAAAUUGUCUCUUAUUAUAACUUACUUAUACUUUUUUCCACUAGUUUCGAACGUAAACAAUUGUGCAAUUAUACACCUAUCGCAUUCGUGACCGUUAUGUAUCAACUAUUUACUUGUUGUUGACCUAGGUGCUUAUAUCAAUACCAUUGCCAUUAUUCAUUUCUCUGUAUUAUUAUGAAUUUAUAUCGAACUAGAUUAUACAUAUUCUUUCCUACAUA